AUGGGAUACCGAAGAAGGCUAAAUCUCGACUACACUUAUGGGGAAGACAAUGUCAGAGAAGACGCUGCACCUCACAGCACCAACAAGGGCGUUAAUGUUACAGUUAGCACAGACACUAAUGCUACCACUAGCAUAGACACUGCUACCACUAGCACAGACACUAAUGCCGACAGCAACACUACCGCCAAUGCCACUCCACAACGGUAUUUGAGCUACUCCGACUUUCUCAAUCGCAACGACUACGACACCGGCGGGUACCGACGCGACGACACAGACGACUUUGCCCAGCUGGACUCCAGAGGGUGGUGUUUGCUCAUUGGGUAUAUUCUCGUCCGUGUCUGCUCGCCCCUUCUGCUGGUGGCGCAUGCGCUCGUUCUCGGCCUGGUGCUGUGGCGAGUCCAUCAUUUCGAUCUCACGAAUCUACAGCGAGAAAUGCCGCCUGCGUGUGGCGCAUUGGCCGUGCACGUGUUCUGGGUCCAUCUUGUUGCAAAGCUGCUUUUUAGGGAAAACUACUACAAGCGCAGAAAGUGA